AUGGGCGAUGCAAGCUUCCUUCCACCAUCAACCUCACAAACACCGCUCACUGCCAUUCCCACGGAAAGGAGCUCCACAGCAGCAAAUUCAACAGACUCCCUGGCCGAUGGAUCACCCAAUCCAACCACAGCCUUUGACCCAACCAUACAGUCAGAAAGCAAACAACUCACCGCUCUCCAACAACACAUCUUGUUCUGGGACCGUGACAACGACGGCAUCAUCUAUCCACUGGACGUGUACAAUGGCUUCCGCCAGCUCGGCUUCAGCAUCAUUUUCAGCCUGGGCAGUCUCCUAAUCCCAUUUUUCUUCUCCUACGCCACGACUCUCGCACACUCGUACAUCCCAGACCCACGCUAUCGCAUCUACGUCAAGAGCAUCCACAAGGCCAAACACGGCUCCGACACAGGCAUCUUCGACAUCGAUGGCCACUUUGAACCGGCUCGCUUCGACGCCAUGUUCGCUCGCUACGACACCUCCACGACGGGGGGACUGAGUGCGGAAGAACUGUGGACGAUGUGGAAGAAGAACCGCUGUGCAGCAGACCCGGCUGGUUGGACCUUUGCGUUCAUGGAGGCGUGGACGACGUGGUUGUUGUUGCAGGAGAACGGGAGGGUGUGGAAGGAUGAUCUGAUGGCCUGCUAUGACGGCACGCUGUUCUGGAGGAUCAGUGAGCUGGAAGAAUCUGGGGAGGGAUGGCGUAAGGGGUACGGUGUGCGGGAUUUCAUCGAGGGAGUCUGGUAUGGUGGGACUUGGAAGAAUUGGGAAUUAAAGGAGCACAGGAAGCUCAAAUGA